GGCGAAAAGAAACCGUACUUAAACAUUGGAUCGCUGUCGUGAAGCACGACACUGUCCGCCUCGUAGUUGGCUGGACGGACAUGCAUUAACAGACGGGGGUGCAGUGUGAGUGACCCCUUGUUACCAUGACGACCCACGUGACCUUGGAGGAUGCCCUGUCCAACGUGGACCUGCUGGAGGAGCUGCCCCUCCCCGACCAGCAGCCAUGCAUCGAGCCCCCUCCCUCCUCCAUCAUGUACCAGGCCAAUUUUGACACCAACUUUGAGGACAGGAAUGCCUUUGUGACUGGCAUUGCCCGCUACAUAGAGCAAGCCACAGUCCACUCCAGCAUGAAUGAGAUGCUGGAGGAAGGCCAUGAGUAUGCCGUGAUGCUCUACACCUGGAGAAGCUGUUCCAGAGCCAUACCCCAGGUGAAAUGCAAUGAGCAGCCGAACCGAGUGGAGAUCUAUGAAAAGACGGUGGAGGUGCUGGAGCCAGAAGUGACCAAGCUCAUGAAGUUCAUGUACUUCCAGCGGAAGGCCAUCGAGCGUUUCUGCAGCGAGGUGAAGCGCCUGUGCCACGCAGAGCGCAGGAAGGACUUUGUGUCCGAGGCCUACCUGCUGACGCUGGGCAAGUUCAUCAACAUGUUCGCCGUCCUCGACGAGCUAAAGAACAUGAAGUGCAGCGUCAAGAACGACCACUCGGCCUACAAAAGAGCAGCCCAGUUCCUGAGGAAGAUGGCCGACCCUCAGUCCAUCCAGGAGUCUCAGAACCUCUCCAUGUUUCUGGCCAACCACAACCGCAUCACUCAGUGCCUGCACCAACAGCUGGAAGUGAUUCCUGGCUACGAGGAGUUGUUGGCGGACAUUGUCAACAUCAGUGUGGAUUAUUAUGAGAACAAGAUGUACCUCACCCCCAGCGAGAAGCACAUGCUGCUCAAGGUGAUGGGCUUUGGUCUCUAUUUGAUGGACGGAAAUGUGAGCAACAUCUACAAACUCGACGCCAAAAAGAGGAUCAACCUGAGCAAGAUCGACAAGUUCUUUAAGCUCCAGGUGGUGCCGCUGUUUGGAGACAUGCAGAUAGAGCUGUCUCGUUACAUUGAGACCAGCGCCCACUACGAAGAGAACAAGUCAAAGUGGACCUGCACCCAGAGCAGCGUCUCCCCGCAGUACAACCUGUGCGAGCAGAUGGUGCAGAUCCGAGAGGACCACAUCCGCUUCAUCUCGGAGCUGGCCCGCUACAGCAACAGCGAGGUGGUGACGGGCUCGGGCCUGGACAGCCAGAAGUCGGACGAGGAGUACCGGGAGCUGUUCGACCUGGCCCUCAGGGGCCUUCAGCUGCUCUCCAAGUGGAGCACGCACGUCAUGGAAGUGUACUCGUGGAAGCUGGUCCACCCGACGGAUAAGUUCUGCAACAAAGACUGUCCCGGCACUGCGGAGGAGUACGAGCGGGCCACGCGCUACAACUACACCAGCGAGGAGAAGUUUGCCCUGGUGGAGGUCAUCGCCAUGAUCAAGGGCCUGCAGGUUCUGAUGGGCCGCAUGGAGUCUGUGUUCAACCAGGCCAUCAGGAACACCAUCUACGCAGCGCUGCAGGACUUCGCUCAGAUGACCCUCAGGGAGCCCCUUCGCCAGGCUGUGCGCAAGAAGAAGAACGUCCUCAUCAGCGUUCUGCAGGCCAUCCGCAAGACCAUCUGCGACUGGGAGGGGGCACGGGAGCCCCCCAACGACCCCUGUCUGAGGGGCGAGAAGGACCCCAAAGGAGGGUUCGACAUCAAGGUUCCCCGCAGAGCCGUGGGACCCUCUAGCACCCAGCUGUACAUGGUGCGCACAAUGCUGGAGUCCCUCAUAGCGGACAAGAGCGGCUCCAAGAAGACCCUGCGCAGCAGUCUGGAUGGGCCCAUCGUGCUCGCCAUCGAGGACUUCCACAAGCACUCCUUCUUCUUCACCCACCUGCUCAACUUCAGCGAGGCCCUGCAGCACUGCUGCGACCUGUCCCAGCUGUGGUUCCGGGAGUUCUUCCUGGAGCUGACCAUGGGCCGCAGGAUCCAGUUCCCCAUCGAGAUGUCUAUGCCCUGGAUCCUCACCGACCACAUCCUGGAGACCAAGGAGCCCUCCAUGAUGGAGUACGUGCUGUAUCCUCUCGACCUGUACAACGACAGCGGUUAUUAUGCUCUGACAAAGUUCAAGAAGCAGUUUCUUUACGAUGAAAUCGAGGCUGAGGUCAACCUUUGUUUCGAUCAGUUUGUCUACAAGUUAGCAGAUCAGAUUUUCGCCUAUUACAAAGCGAUGGCAGGCAGCGUUCUGCUGGACAAGCGUUUCCGAGCCGAGUGUAAAAACUACGGCGUGAUCAUCCCCUACCCACCGUCCAACCGCUACGAGACGCUGCUCAAGCAGAGACACGUGCAGCUGCUGGGUCGCUCCAUCGACUUGAACCGCCUGAUCACCCAGAGGAUCUCGGCGGCAAUGUACAAGUCCCUGGACCAGGCCAUCAGCCGCUUCGAGAGCGAGGACCUCACCUCCAUCGUGGAGUUGGAGUGGCUGCUGGAGAUCAACCGGCUGACCCACCGGCUGCUGUCCAAGCACCUGACGCUGGACAGCUUCGACGCCAUGUUCCGCGAGGCCAACCACAACGUGUCGGCGCCGUACGGCCGCAUCACGCUCCACGUCUUCUGGGAGCUCAACUUCGACUUCCUGCCCAACUACUGCUACAACGGCUCCACCAACCGCUUCGUGCGCACAGCGAUACCUUUCACCCAGGAGCCGCAGAGAGACAAACCAGCCAAUGUGCAGCCUUACUACCUGUAUGGAUCUAAGCCCCUGAACAUUGCCUACUCCCACAUAUACAGCUCUUACAGGAACUUUGUCGGCCCCCCUCACUUCAAGACCAUCUGCCGUCUCCUUGGUUACCAAGGCAUCGCCGUGGUGAUGGAGGAGCUGCUGAAGAUUGUCAAGAGCCUGCUGCAAGGCACCAUCUUGCAGUACGUGAAGACACUGAUUGAAGUCAUGCCCAAGAUAUGCCGUCUGCCUCGCCACGAGUAUGGCUCCCCAGGAAUCCUGGAGUUCUUCCACCACCAGCUAAAGGACAUCAUCGAGUAUGCUGAGCUCAAGACGGAUGUCUUCCAGAGCCUGAGGGAAGUGGGGAACGCCAUCCUCUUCUGCCUGCUCAUCGAACAAGCUCUGUCCCAGGAGGAGGUGUGUGAUCUGCUCCACGCUGCCCCCUUCCAGAACAUUCUGCCCAGGGUCUAUAUCAAAGAGGGCGAGCGCCUGGAAGUGAGGAUGAAGAGGUUGGAAGCCAAGUACGCUCCUCUUCAUCUUGUUCCUCUAAUUGAGAGGUUGGGAACCCCACAGCAAAUUGCCAUUGCUCGCGAGGGUGACCUGCUGACCAAAGAGCGCCUGUGCUGCGGCCUGUCCAUGUUCGAGGUCAUCCUGACGCGCAUCCGCAGCUUCCUGCAAGACGCCGUGUGGCGUGGCCCGCCGCCCACCAACGGGGUGAUGCACGUGGACGAGUGCAUGGAGUUCCACCGCCUGUGGAGCGCCAUGCAGUUCGUCUACUGCAUCCCCGUGGGCACGCACGAGUUCACGGCAGAGCAGUGCUUCGGGGACGGGCUGAACUGGGCCGGAUGCUCCAUCAUCGUGCUGCUGGGACAGCAGCGUCGCUUCGACCUCUUUGACUUCUGCUACCACCUGCUUAAGGUGCAGAGGCAGGACGGCAAGGACGAGAUCAUCAAAAACGUGCCGCUGAAGAAGAUGGCGGACCGCAUCAGGAAGUACCAGAUCCUCAACAAUGAGAUCUUCGCCAUCCUCAACAAGUACAUGAAGGCUGUGGAGACAGACAGCUCCACCGUCGAACACGUCCGCUGCUUUCAGCCGCCUAUACACCAGUCUCUGGCCACGACCUGCUGAAAG